GUGAAACAAUGCGUACUUUAAUGGCGCUGUAACAGUUGGCAAAUUAGCUGUUUUAAUUAUUUCAAAAGUUUUUACUUCUCAAAUAAUUUUGCAUUCAGUCACUAUUCUAAGUUCUGAUUUUGUCAGCUAAAUUAUGUUCAGCGAAAUUGAGAUAAAACUACUUCUUGGUUAUCAAACUAUCAUUACUAUUUUUGAAAAGUUUUCCACGCAAGUUGAAAAAGUUAUUCUUUGUUAUUUGCACUUCCGGCAAGGCUGACAGCUCCACUCAUGGUAGAUGAAUUUGCAAUGACCAAACGUGCCGCUGUUUUCUAUUCUGGCAUUCUGUUGUCUUUCCUUGGACCGAUUGCAGUUUUAUCGCUUGGAUUUAUCAAGUGCACAUCCAAACGAAUGGAUGAAAGACAAGUGCUUUUGGUAGGAUGUACAAUUGCAUUGGUAGGCUAUAUCGUUUUUUUACCCUGGGGAAACACAUAUCCAACUCUUCAAACAACAGAGUUUAUCAAAGUCGGAAAUCUGACACAAUUUCGUUUGAAAGAAGGUUGCCCAGCAAAGUACCAGUGGUGCAAAAAUACACCUAAAAUACACAUGGAGCAAUUCGUAAUUGCAGAAUUGAUAACCAUGACUGGCUUCAUGUUGCCUUAUCUAGUUAUAACUGGAUUGUAUUCAAAAAUUGUUGGUCCACGAAAGCAAGGUGUUUAUCUUGCUGCUCUUUCUGCCGUUGGGUGUGCCUCAGCAACUACAACACCAUUGCUAUUGUCGUAUAUUUACGAACAACAGGGACCCAGAUGCGUAUUCCUUGUGAUAGCUUCUGUUUUAAUAACUUUCAUUGUAGUUUUCACGUAUUUCUACAGUAGAUUAGUGCAAUUUGAAGAGUACAUUAAGAAACAUUAGAAUAUUUAGAAUAAAGAUUCUGAAACAUUUUUCAGAUAUCUCGGAGAAACAGCAUGAGAACCUAAUAAAAGCUGUCUAUGUUGAAGCUCGUGGUGCCUUUAUAGUAAGGAAGAUGGUUGAAUUUGAAAUCAUCGCUCUAUUCAUAUUCUCAAAAAAGAAGGUUUAGUUAUUCGCAAAAUCGAAAAAAAUACAUUAAUUCUAUUAAUUUGAGCUAUAUCUUGUGUUUGUUGUAAUUUUUCAAAUUUCGGGUAUUUCAUGUAUUGUUUUAAUCGUUUUACCCAAAAAUUACAUGGUUUCUUUAAGCUAAAAUUUUAAGAUUUUUGCUUCCUUGCUGGAUAUGUUUAGCAUUUUAAAUUUUCAUCACUUCUGUAGGGAAAAUAUAGAAACACCCUUGUUUAAGUGCCCUGGUAUAUCCUUCUCCGGCGAAUUUCCCGCUGAAAUGAUUUGUGCAAAAUCCUCCACUAUUCUCAACAAUCCGGAUCCAGAAAGUAAGUCUUAAAGGUCAAACUUUUGUUUCUCGACAUUUCAAAUUCGGCGUAACAACCAAGGUAUUCGAGUCACUGGGUUCGGUAAACAGGACUUUAUAUACAAUUUAUAAAAUGUCUAUGUUUCAACUGUGAAACUUUUCAACGAGGAUGGGUCUCAACACAUAAAUAAUGUAGACUGGGAACUUUGCAUAACCACCUAGCAACCAGCUUAAUCUAAGUUUUUAAAGUCUAGAUCAGAACAGCAAAGGCCAUUGUUUAUUUUAAACCUUAGGAACGACCAGCAAAUGAAGGAAGUAGCGGAGGCAUGAAAAAUUAUCGGUCAGCAAAAAUUCGACCUUCGAAGUGAGGAAAAAAAAGAGCGGAGUGAUUGCCCUAUAAGCAAAAAUUUAUGGCAAUCAAUUUUCUCGUUUUGACAAACAACUUGCUUUCUGAAGUUUAAUGACAGUAUAGACGCAGAGCAGCAAAAUUGUGCAUGUUAUGAUUAUAGCAUGAAGUUUGAUACAAGUACACAAUCCGAUAUGCUGGAUAAGAUAAAGUCCAUAUCAAGCUUCAAAAAUGUGCCUAACAGCUAUUUUUGGACUGGGGUUCCGGUACCUAGACCUCUUUUAGGUUCAGCACUGCCACAUUUUAACUUUGCAAGU